ACUGGGGGCACCCAGCUGGAUGAGCUGAGCAUCCUGGAGACAGCUGGCUAGGUGAGCUGAGCAUCCUGGAACACCCAGCCUGGGCUUGCUGAGCACCCUGGGGACACCUGUCUGGAGCAGCCAAGAACCUCGAGGAGCAGACAGGUAACCCAGGAAGGGGGCAACCGCCCGGGGCUACCGGAGAGCAGCCCAGCGCCCGGAGCCUGCGCCCGUCCCUCUUCCCCCCACCGUCCACGCCGCCACCCAGGAGGCUCCCGGUGAGCCCCAGCCAUGUAGGCGCAGCCUGGGGCUCCGCCGAUGGCCACUGUCAACAUGCAGCAGGGCUACGCGGCCGUCCUCUGUGUCCUGGCUGUGCUGGGGCUGGAGGCCACUGCGCCGGGCGAAUGCGAGCUCACCCGCCUGCUCCAGGACAAGCUGCAGUACGAGAUGCGCCUGCAGUACAUGAAACACUACUUUCCCAUCGACUACACAGUCCAGGUCCAGUACGAAGAGGUGCUGAGGCCGUCCAACAUCACCCGCCUGCGCAACGGGACAGUGUCAGAGACAGCACUGCGGUACCUCUGGUUCCAUGUCAGCUCCCAGGCAGUGCUGCGGAUCCGUGAGGUGCUGCCAGAGAAGCACCCAUCCUGGAAGUACACCCAGGAGCUGUGCCAGCUCUUUGACGCCCUGGGUGAGGAGUACAGCAAGUAUCGGCAGACAGAUGUGGAGGCGGUGGUGGCCGACCUGGUGAAGCUGGUCCACAGCGCGGGCGCUGAGAGCCGGAGCAAGGCCGUGCGCCCCAAGGCACUGCUGGACAACUGCCUCAAGGUCAUGCGGAUGCUGUACGGAGUGCCCUGUCGGUGGGAGUCCACCUAACGCUGCAGAAGAUCCGUCACUCGACACCUUCUCCUUGCCCUGGAGCCUCGGAUGCUGCCUCUGCUCUGCCACUCCCAGCAGAGCCCCAGGGGGCUUCCGAAGGAAGGUGCAAAGGUGGGACAAAUGCCACCUCUUCUGGGACCAAACAUCACUCCUUCCAGGACCGUGGGACCGUUCAUGGCCGUGGGGUUUUGCCCAUCCAAAAUGCCUGGCACCUUCAGCAUGGGUGUAGGGUUGGACAGAGCCCCCCCAUGAUGAGCAGCUGUUGGGGGGGACACGCUGCCCUCCCUGCGCACAGGAAGGGUGAGGGCAUCACCCCAUUCCUCUCUGUUUGUAUUUUCCCCUCAGCUUUCAUUAAACAGCAGUUAAUUCUCUAGCAUUGCAGCUCAGCUUCUGACCGGGUCCUGGGAGCCUCCAGCCUUACCCAAAAUAAAGGACCAGCAAAGAGAA